AUGGAAAGAGUCAACAACACAUUGUUGACUGAGUUCAUCCUGACAGGAAUUCCCUACCCACUCAGGCUAAGGACAUUUCUUUUUGUAUUCUUUUUGCUGAUCUACACCCUGACUCAGCUGGGGAACCUGCUAAUUCUGAUCACUGUCUGGGUAGACGUGCACCUCCAUUCUCAUCCCAUGUACAUCUUUCUUGGUGUUCUUUCCAUCAUCGACAUGGCCAUCUCCACCACCAUUGUUCCUCGCCUCAUGAUGAAUUUCCCUUUAGGCAUCACACCCAUCUCAUUUGGUGGCUGUGUCACUCAACUCUAUUUCUAUCACUUCCUGGGCAGCACCCAGUGUUUCCUCUACACGUUGAUGGCCUAUGACAGGUACCUGGCAAUAUGCCGGCCCCUGCAUUACCCUGUGCUCAUGAAUGCUAAGCUGACUACCUUACUUGUGGCUGGAGCUUGGGUGGCAGGGUCCAUCCACGGGGCUCUCCAGGCCAUCCUAACCUUCCGCCUGCCUUACUGUGGGCCGAACCAGAUAGAGUACUUCUUUUGUGACAUCCCUGCAGUUUUGAGGCUGGCCUGUGCUGAUACAACAGUCAAUGAGCUGGUGACCUUUGUGGACAUUGGGGUGGUGGUUGCCAGUUGCUUCACCCUGAUUCUCCUCUCCUACAUACAGAUCAUCCAGGCUAUCCUGAGAAUACGUACAGCUGAUGGGCAGCGCCGGGCCUUUUCAACCUGCGGAGCCCAUGUAACUGUGGUAACUGUGUACUAUGUGCCUUGUGCCUUCAUCUACCUGAGGCCUGAAACCAACAGCCCCCUGGAUGGGGCAGCUGCUCUAUUCCCCACAGCCAUCACUCCUUUUCUUAACCCCCUCAUCUACACUCUGCGGAACCAAGAGGUGAAGCUGGCCCUGAAGAGAAUGAUAGGAGGCCUUGGAACUAAGAGACAGGUUUGA